AUGAUUCCUGGUAAUCGAAUGCUGAUGGUCAUUUUAUUAUGCCAAGUCCUACUGGGAGAGAGCAGUCAUGCUAGUCUAAUACCCGAGGAAGGGAAAAAGAAAGCGUCGGGCCUUCAGGGUCAGAGUCACCUGGGUCAGAGUCAUGAAGUGCUGCGGGACUUUGAGGCCACGCUGCUUCACAUGUUUGGGCUUCAGAGAAGGCCACGGCCCAGCAGAUCGGCCGUGGUGCCCCAAUACCUGCUGGACCUGUACCGUCUUCAGUCUGGAGAGGUGGAGGAGGCGGGAGGCCACGACGUACCUAACUUUGAGUAUCCAGAGAGGUCGACCAGCCGCGCCAACACUGUGAGAGGCUUCCAUCAUGAAGAGCACAUGGAGCAGGUGUCGUGGGAGGGGGAAGGCGACACUGCUGCACCACUGCGUUUCUUCUUCAACCUCAGUAGCAUUCCAGAAGAUGAGCUGCUCUCAACAGCAGAGCUCCGGCUUUACCGGAAGCAGAUAGACGAGGCCAGCACUGAGCGGGAACGCCUUUGGAACGAGGGACUUCACCGGAUAAACGUGUACGAGAUUCUGAAGCCCCCGCAGGCCGGGCAGCUGAUCACGCGACUGCUGGACACUCGGCUGGUGCAUCACAACACCUCGAGCUGGGAGAGUUUUGACGUGAGUCCCGCGGUGCUUCGCUGGACCCGCGACAGGCUACCCAAUCACGGGCUGGCCGUGGAGGUCCUCCACCUCAACCAGACACCCCAGCAUCAGGGCCGUCACGUCCGCAUCAGCCGAUCGCUCCACCAAACUCCCAACGAGGACUGGGACCAGCUUCGCCCUCUGCUGGUCACCUUUGGCCAUGACGGGAAGGGCCACCCGCUGACUCGGAGGACCAAACGAAGUCCUAAGCAGCGUGGUCGCAAGCGCAACCGCAACUGCCGGCGGCACGCGCUCUAUGUGGACUUCAGUGACGUGGGCUGGAACGACUGGAUAGUAGCGCCGCCGGGUUACCAGGCCUACUACUGUCAUGGGGAGUGCCCUUUUCCCCUGGCAGACCACCUGAACUCCACCAACCAUGCCAUCGUACAGACACUGGUGAACUCAGUGAACACCAAUAUUCCCAAGGCAUGCUGUGUGCCCACAGAGCUCAGUGCUAUCUCCAUGCUCUACCUUGAUGAGACUGACAGGGUGGUGUUGAAAAAUUACCAGGAGAUGGUGGUGGAAGGGUGUGGCUGUCGCUAG